CAUUCGAAACUAAUAUACCAUCGAGUAUCGCUUUCUUCACCCUUGCAAUUGACUCAAUUCACUCCACACCGAGAAACAUUAUGGCUACCACUGAGAAACGUCCCGAGAUCAUCGAGCUCGCUCGCGGGCUUACCGGAAUCCCCUGGUGCGAGGAGUAUGAGAAAAUGAUAUCCGGAAUGAUGUACGAUCCCACGGUACCACAACUGCUGGAAGCCCGUCAUCGCUGCCGGGGUCUCGCGGCAGACUUCAACCAGGUAGAUGCCAAGAAGUACUCAUACGACCAAAUUGGCAAUGUCCGGAUGGAAAUCUUGAAGAAACUCGUCGGCCGCAUCGGCGAGGGGACCUUUAUCGAACCGCCGUUCAUGCCGGACUAUGGGUGCAAUAUGAUCAUCGGGAGGGAUUGCUUCUUCAACUGGAACAUGACCGUCUUGGAUACCAGCCUGGUCGUCAUUGGCGAUCGGGUCCAGUUUGGCCCCAACGUGAGCAUCUUCAGUGCUGGCCAUGACACCAGCGUGCUCUCCCGGAUCAAGUUUGUCGAGUUUGGUCAUCCCGUUUUCAUUGAGGAUGAUUGUUGGAUUGGCGGGAAUGUCAUUAUUCUUCCUGGUGUGAGAAUUGAUCUUCCUCCGUACUCGGUGGCCGUGGGCAACCCGUGCAAAGUGAGGAAGACUAUUCCUUCGGUUGAAGAAGAGGAGAAUGACCCGAACAACCUGUACAGAGAUCUUGUUCGGUAGGCCAUUGUCAAUGCAGUUUUAAAUUUAGAGUAGAAUAAGAUUAUGUCCAAAAUAAACGGCAAUCAAGAAUUACUCGCGUUCAACAUAUCCCAGUCAAUCUCCGGUCCAGAAAAUUUCUUGCGUCGCUCUAUCCAGAGCAGUAGGACGAGCACAAAGAUCCCAACCAGCACCACCGAGCUA